AUGGAAAAAGACUGCAGCACAAAGAUUUCAAUUACAGAUUUUUCAAACAAUUUACAGAAAUCUAUUCAAGUUGUUAUAAAUAAUUUAGGUUAUGUCGAAUAUGAGGCAGAUGUCAAAAAAAUAUCCACAGACGGCAAUAACUUUUUGGGUGAACUUUUUGAAAUUGACGUCUUCGGAAGAACGAGCGAUGGGAUUGAAACUACGCACAUUUUUCUAAAACGCAUUAUACGUAAUGAAGAUUUCAGAGUGUAUUCCAUUCCAGAGGUGUAUAAAAAGGAGGCGUUCGUGUAUAAUGAAUUGAGCAACAUUUAUAACGAGCUUCAAAAUAAAGUCACUAUACCCAUGAAUGAAAAAUUUAAAUUUAUAAAAAACUACGGAACCAACGAUGAAGCUAUUAUUCUUGAAAACGUUAGUAAACAAGGAUUCAAAACCAUGGAACGUAUGGACAUAAUGACGAAAGAUUUUGCCGAACUUUCGAUAAAACAAUUAGCAAAAUUUCACGGGCUGUCGUUAGCAUUGGAAUGGUACGAUCGUGAUUAUUUCAAUGAAAAGGUGAAAACAAUCAAACAAUCCUUUAUAUACGAUGAUUAUUGGAAUGAAUUUGUUAAAAGGAUGUACGAUCUAUCUACUUCUAAAUUGGAACUAAAAAUUAAAAAGAGGACCGAUGAAUUCUUUUUGAAUUCGUUACAGAAGUAUCCAAAAUACAUGAACGGAAUUAAUUCGGACAUAAAAUGUUUAUGUCACGGAGAUUAUAAGAUGAAUAAUGUAUUGUUUAGAGAAGCUGAAGGAAAAAUAACAGAAGUUAUUCCUAUAGAUUACCAACAGAUCUACUACGGAUGUCCAGUCAUUGACCUCAUAUAUUUUAUCUAUGCAGCCAGCGACAGGAGUUUCAGAAAACAACACUUAAAUUAUCUCAAAGAUGUUUACUUUGGAAGUUUAACGAUGUUUCUGAACUACUUCGGAAUUGACGUCGCUACGGUUUACCCGAGGGAAGUAUUUGAGAGCAGCUUCUCAAAUAGCUUGGACUACGCCUUGAUGUAUACUUUGUAUAUGCUGCCGUUUUUUUACGUCAAGGAACAAGCCCCGGACCUCAGUCAGGACGAGCUGUUGGAUGUGACCAUAAGUGUGGAUGAUAAGUUUUAUAAUGUAAUGAACGAGAUCGUCGAAGAGUUUGUGGAAUAUGGAAUAAUAUGA